UUUGUAAAUUUUGUAAACUUUUUGUGUAAAAUAACGUUUGGAUGGUGAGCUUGAUCUGUUGAUCUUCAUCGUGAGGCUUGCAAGUUUACGAUACAAACAUGCAAGUGCAAGAAGCGGAAGGAGCUGACGGUUCACCAUGGAACAAUUCCAGUGGUUGCGAUGAAGAUCGUCGACCGACUCAAAAGGAGGGUAAAAAAUCGAAUAUUCUACCUCUAUGGGGAAAUGAAAGGACUAUGAAUUUAAACCCAUUAAUUUUAACAAAUAUACAGUCAUCACAUUAUUUUAAAGUGAAUUUAUAUGAAUUGAAAACGUACCAUGAGGUUAUCGAUGAAAUUUACUAUAAGGUGUCUCAUUUGGAACCAUGGGAAAAGGGAAGCAGAAAAACAGCAGGCCAAACUGGCAUGUGUGGAGGCCGGUUCAUGCAGGUCCGAGGAGUUGGUGCUGGUGGAAUUGUUUCAACGGCAUAUUGUCUACUGUAUAAACUAUUCACCUUGAGGUUAACACGGAAACAAUUAAAUGGUCUUAUCAAUCAUCCUGAUUCACCAUAUAUUCGGGCAUUAGGAUUUAUGUAUAUUAGAUAUACACAACCACCAGCUGAUUUAUUUAGUUGGUAUAGUGAUUAUUUAGAAGAUGAAGAGGAGUUGGAUGUAAAGGCUGGAGGAGGACAAGUAAUGAAAAUGGGUGAUAUUCUUAAACAAUUUCUUACUAAAUUAGAGUGGUUUUCAACAUUAUUUCCAAGAAUACCAGUGCCUAUACAAAAAGAACUUGAACAUCGAUUAGCAGAAAGAUUUCCUCAACAAUCUAUGAAUGCUCGAAAUGCAAAACCACCUAUUACCCUAAAUAGCCAUGGAAAAUAUAGUAAUAGCAGUAAUAGAAAAGAUAAUGGCAAUCUUACCUCACGGAAUCAACCACGACAUAUCCCAGAUAGUGAAGCACAAUGGGGCGAGGCUGAAAGAACAAGCCACUGGCGAGCCAGAUCUGAUGAAGAUCGCAAGGACAAGUACAGAGAUCGAGAUCGUGAACGGGAUCGUAUAAGAGAAAGAGAACGAGAACGUGCACGGGAAAGAGAGCGAGAAAGGGAUCGGCAUUGCAGACGAUCGAAUAGCCGCGAUCGAAGUCGAAGGCAAAGAGAGUAUAGAAGUCGUAGUAGAGACAGAUCACACAGAGACAGGAGUAAAGAUCGCUAUCGCGAUAAAGAUCGACAUAGGGACAGGAGAGGUUCACCGUAUGAUUAUGCCACAGAACUUGCUCGGGAAAGAGAGAGACAACGAAGAGAAUGAAAAAUGUAUGUUGGCAUGUAUAUAUCGAUAUAAAUGUUUGUACGAGUGUAACUAUAGAGAUAAAAAUGAUUUAGAGCCGAGCCAUUCGAACACUACCGUGUUUUGCGGGAAAUCUUACUCCAUUUGGAGUAAUAGCCUAAAUUUAAUUCGAUUAUA